GACAAAUUGAUAAAAAGUCGGGAAGUUGCAGCUGGCAUCCAAGAAAAAACAAACACUUUUAUGUAUUUGCGGAAACAAAUAAAUAAUUGAAAUAUCGCUAAGGCCUAUAAAAAUGCCUUCGUUUUGUGCUGUACAAAACUGUAGUGAUAAAUAUGGACAUGCGGACAAUAUAUCUUUCCAUAAAUUUCCCUUCAAACGCGAGGAAUUGUUGCAGAAAUGGCUUAAUUUCGCAGAACGCGGCACAAAUUGGCGCCCCUCGAAAUGGAGUGCUAUUUGUAGUCGCCACUUUCGGGAUGAGGACUUCAAGUGUUCGGCUGAUCGAAAGAUUUUAAAGAAAGCAGCAGUGCCAAGCUUGCGUGUGUUAAAGCAUAUACAUGGGCCCGAUAGUGACAAUCUUCAAGCGGCACCAACUGAAGACGCAUCCAAGGAUAAACAACUAUUAGUGCAAAGUAAAGAAAAAAACACAGAUGGCGACGAUAUCCCCGUUGCGGAGGCAGUUGAGGACAACGUCGAUGACUGCGACGAAGAAGAGCAGAACGGAUUACAAAACACUCCUUUGACAAGCUCGCCGAGCACACCGAAAGUUAAGUGCCGCUUGUGUGGCAGUACUUGCUCGUCGGUAGUUUCGUUCUCUACGAAUUUCGAGAUUUAUGGCAUGAUACAGAAAUGCUUUCCCACACUCAACAUACAAAAAGAUGAUCACUUGCCGAAAGAAAUGUGUCGCACUUGUCUCAAACGUUUGGAAACGUUUUCACGCUUUGUCGACAAAGUACUCGAGACUCAAAGUGAGUUGCAACGUAAAUAUCGCAUAGAGAAGGCGAGUAAUAGCUCACGCGCCAUCGAAAGGCAGCUUAAAGUGAAGCAAGAGCCAGUGGUACGUGUCAAGCAAGAGGUAGCGGAGGGGUUUGAAAGCUUUUUGUCUGAUGAUUUGGAUAUGGGUAUGGACGAGGGUUGUGAACAAGAGAACGAAGCGGAUACGAGCGUUGAACAAAAAUAUGAUUUUUGUGAUUUUCCUAUGUUAAAUGCGCAGGACAUCAUCAAUAAUUGUGACAUAAUGGAGAUUAUAAAUCUAGAUGAUCCUUUUAUUAAUAUACCAGACGAUGAUGCGAACACAAAUUGUGAAAAUGGACAAGAAGGGCAGCAGCAGCAGCAGGAACCGGAACAAUCAAAGCAUCAUCAAGGGCAACAGCGAAAUAAAUCUGUUCUGCCUAGUGCACAUGACUUACUUCAGACCCACCUGCUUAGCGAAGAGCAUAAUUACGCUUAUACGACAGAGGAUUUGAAAGAGGAAUGGCAGCUCAGAAAUAUAUAUAAGACUGAAAAGACUGACGGUACCGAAUAUGGAGAGACUGCAGAGUUCAUUGCAAAUGUCGAACCUGAAGAUGACGAACAGGGGGUCUAUGCAGGAGAAGAGCAACAGCAUGGUGACAAUGAUAACACAGCGAUAAUGUAUAAAAACUUUUCCUCGAUUAAUGACGUCCCAUCCAAUAAUGCUAAUACAGAAAACGUGGCCGCAUCAUCACACUCGCCAGCAGCAGAGACGCGUUCAACCCGGCCAAUAGUCACUUCGGUAAGUGAUUUUGCCGACGCUUCACUAAAUCUGUCUAAUGGCACGGGAAGCGGACACAUUCACAACGAAAAAUUGGUGGUAACUGCAGUAAAUGAUAUUCUUGGACCGAAUGCCGAUACCACUGCUGCCCCAUCGGGGGCGACCGCGUCUACAUCGCCCACGGUUGCCAUUAAACCGCAUGCCAAACCAAAUAUAGUAGUGCUGAAUGAGAGUAUUGUUAAAUCUUCAUCGGUAUUUCAACUGCACACCUGUCCAUGUUGUCAGCUGAAAUUCUUUAGUGUGGAGUCCCUAAAUCAGCACUAUAAUGUGGCGCAUCAGUCACAGACACCAUUGGAAGAAGGAUCGCAGUUACGUGCAGAACAACAAAAACAACAGGGAGAUCAUGCACAGCAGCAGCAGCAGCUGCAAGUGCGACAGCUUCAGCAUCCAUAUAACCAACAGCAGCAGCAAAAUAUGUUGACACAUAAUAAUCAUUUUCAACAGCAUCAGCAUCAACAACAUCAGCAACAGCAACAGCAACAACACGCGCAAGCACAAUUGCCUAUGGUGAGCGUGCCUACCGAUUACUUGUGGAAGCCAUAUGGUGGCACCUCUGGCGAUUUGAGAAAUGAGCCGUACAAUUUCAAUUGUAAAGUGGAAAAGGACUUUUCUUUGACGACUGCGCAGGCAGGUAGAACUCACAAAGCUGAAGAUAAUCUUAGUUACCAACAGCCAAAUAUUUUCGAACAGCAAUUUGGUCUUGCCAAUUCACAUAACACAAAAAAUACUUUCAUAACGCCAAAUUCCAUUCCUAAAGAUGUAUCAAACGUUGGCGCGCCAAAUGUAGUACGAAUUCUUGAAAUGAAGCGUACAUUUCUGCGUCAGCAUGAGCCCUACCAUAGUAUUGGCAAUGUUCCUCCAACACAAAGCACUGAUUCAGUGAAAACGGGCAGCUUUUACGCUGCUACUUUACCUAGAACAGAUAAUCAUUCGAAGCCCGUAGCGCCUACACUAACACCGCCGCCACCACCGAAGCGUCGCAAGCAUCGCUUGAAGAUAAAUAGUAAAGUCAUCGCGCGGCUGAAUGCGUUAGAACGAAAGGUAACCGCGGCAGUUACACCCGACUUUUUUGCUACGGAAUACCGGCAAUUGCGUCGGCGUUACCUGUUGCUGCAACGCAAAUGCAAAUCGUUGGAAGUGCACGUCCUAGGAAAGCAAGCCGCGCACGAGGACAAUACUGUCGCAUCGUCGAUAAGCGCAACUAAGACGCCCACAAAACAGCAAGCGCCAGUGCGCCAGUCUCAAAGUCGCUUCCGCUGUCUCGUUUGCCAUGAGCACUACAAGAGCAUCUACCACCUGCUGCGUCACAAGCGUACACGCAGACAUUGGCCGCAACGCGCAACCAAAUAUUUUGCCGCUACCUGCUGUGGCUGCGAGAAAUUCUUUCGACACAAAAUUGCACUGCGCAAUCAUAUGCGCUACAUUUGCCAAGCGCUCCCACUGUGCUGGUUCAAAUCGCAAAUGCAAACAUUCAAGUGCCGCUGCUGUCGGCGCAGCACUUUCAAUCAUUGGCGCCUCUAUCGACGUCACGAAGUCAAAUGCAAAUCAGCUAGAAAACGCAAAAAACAAGCAAGCGAUACGCGUCUCCAUGGACGCAGCAAUCGUGCCAGAGGAAAAAGUAAACAACGCGCCAUGAAAGCGUUCCCCUUGUCGGAUGCGCGUAAAACUCUAGGCGACGCGCCCACACCAGCAGCUUCAAAGCAGAAGCAUUCCACAGCUUCGGCGCGUGAAUACAUGUGUCCGGUAUGCGCCAAGGCUUUCGCUUCCGCCAACAGCCUCAACCAGCACAGCAUCACACACACUGAUCAGCGGCGGCAUAUGUGUCGCUUGUGCGAUCGCGCCUUUAAGCGCCGUAAUGGACUGACGCAGCAUGUGCGCGGUUAUCAUCUGAAGCUAAAGCCACAUAAAUGUACGGUAUGCCAGCGCUCUUAUGCGCUGAAAAGUGAUAUGCUGCGUUGUCGGCAUGCGGCAGUUAAGCGCGCAGUGGGCACCGGUAACAAUACAUUGCCUGUGAAGAACGAAGACGCCAGCAGCGCAAAGUGAUUUCUAUGUGCAGUCACUGGCAUGAAUGAAUAAUUGUAUUUUUUUUAUCUACGUUAAUCGGUGAAUGUGUGGAAUGUAGUAUCUUGGUCCUUUUAUUGAUUAAAUAUGUGUUUUCCGUAUUUGAUUAGUAAACAAUAAGUAGUACUGUAAGUGAAUUGCAUUGGUAUUAAAUAUU